UCUUUCGGUUUUCUUUUCUAGAAAUCCAACACAGCAAGGCCAGGGCAGCAAGAUUUCCCAGAAGGCCUCUCCAGGCAGGGUCCAGGAUCUCCUAAAAGGAUCCCUGGCUGCUUUAGUGAACCUAGGAGACAGGUGACAGCCCAACAUCCAGGUGCGCUCUGCUCUUGGGCUCUGCAAAGCUGGAGUCUUCAUUCUUGGGGAUCAGCUUUUAUCUGCUGGACCUUAGGAUCCCCAGGCUGUCUCUUGACAAAGUAGUGAUUUCUAGAGUUUUGGGGCAGGUGCCUAAGACCUACUAGGGGGUCAAUAAGGGGCCGGGAGGGGCGUGCAGUGGAAGGUAAGACACAGUGUCUUUUCUGAAAGUUAAAAACUGCUGGGGACAGUUUCCUGGGCUUGCUUCUGAGGUUGAAACCUGCAUGUGCCCAUGGUGGGUGGUGCCUUCAGCGUCUACCAGGCAUUUGCCUAAUUUUGAAGCUAACGAGAAAGAGAAAAAUACAGAGUGUUUCUGUAGCCUGUCAUGAGGUUUCGGGUUAAUUUUAUUUUGGGGAGGGGGUUGUUUGUUUUGGCUUUUGUUUUAGUAAAUUUAUGUUCAUUUCCUUGAAAUACAUUGCUGCUUGAAAAUUCAAAGGGAUUCGUAUAUUAGGGUUCAUAAUACUGAUUACCAAAUGAGGCACGGAACCCUUGAGCUGGUUUACGUUUCCACCAUUAUCAGGGAUUGUGACUACCGUUUUCUGUAGGCUACUUUGAUAUGACUAUGUACUGUCAAGUCGUUCCCACUUUUCUGGCUACUCCCACUUGCUGUAUUUUAAUGCACUUAUUGUACACGUGGCUUAUGUUAUUGAUUGCUCAUGUUUAGGCGUUGUCUUUCUUACUGUGUUUGUCUUUUCCUAAUUUAUUUGUAAGACCCUUUAACAUAAUAAAUAUUUGAAUGCAGGUAUCUAUGAGAUACAGUAUCUUUUUUUUUCUUCUGUUUGUAUUUCAGGAUAGCUCUGGCUAUCCUGGAACUUACUAUGUAGACCAGGCUCACCUCAGACUCCAGAGAUUAUGAGCCAUUUUGUUGGGUUUGAGAUGCAGUACCUAGCACAGUAAAAAACCAAAAUAUUAGCGCCAGGCAGACUCUGCUGUGCCAUUGAUUUUCUUGGGCUUUGAUACUUAACCCUUCUGGGGUCUGGUUUUCAUCAUUUGGAAACCAUGGCAGGUGACAAAUGAGAACGCUGUCACUGUCUUAGUCUGAAUGUUGCUAUGUAGUAAGUCAUCGUAAACAGAGCGCAGAGUAUUUGUCCAUCCUGGACUCCCCUGCCCCCACAUGAGCUUUGUCUACAACUUUCUCUCACACCUGUCCUCAACUGCCAGGAUUUUCUAGGACUAAAGGCUGCUGAUGGUACAUCGUCCUGUCUUCCAGUCCUGUAGUGGGUGAUGAUGUUGCUGCUCCUCUUUCUCCUUUCCUUCUUUUUUCCUUCUUUUUUUUUUACCAAGGUUAAGGAAUUUGGAAAUUAGUAAAAAUGAACAGAACUGCUUAAUUUGCCAAUGGGAUUAAAUCCCUGGAAAUACUCACUAAUUACAAUUUAAUAUUCCAUAUAACAAAAGAUGAAAGGGGUAUCCUUGUCUGCUUUGUGUUUUAAAAUAAAACAAAAUAAUCUUCAGUGUAAGCUGGAGACAUAGCUCAGUGAUAGGACACUUACCAAAGAAGCACAAAGGCUCAGUCCUCAGUACUGUCGAACACCAAGAGCUCCCCAGAUGAUGGCGCUGUUUACUAGGUCUUCUGCUUUUACAACACUUUGCCAAUGCUGUGUCACCUAGGAAGUUUUGGUCCUGUGACAACUGACUAGUCAUUUCCUUGUGAUCUGGAAGUGGUCGGUUUUUAUGACUAUCAUAUGAGUAUGGGAAAAGGCACAGGUCUGUCCUGAAGAAUGAAACAGAUUUUCAAAUCCAAACGGUGACAUCACUUUGACCAAUUCUAUUUUUCACAUCCUUCCUGGUUUUAUUUUGUGUAACCUGUUUGUGUCAAAAUAUGUGGUUCUUUUCAGUGUCUAAAUAUGGCCAGGUUUCUAGCUGUCCACAUUUGGUGGUCCCUUUUCUUGAGAACAUUGGUACCGGAUGGGUUCAGCUGCAGUGUGGUGAUCUGUUCUAAUCCUGCUCAGUGUCAAGCACUCAUUCAACUGUAAACCAGCACCAGAAAGUCAGGGUUUGGUACCUCCUCAGCCCGGUCCACAUUGUAUCAUCUAGCAUGAGAGUUCCCCUACCUUUGUCUGCAUUGGAGCUUUCCACAGCACCAUAGUUGCAAUGACAGUGAGCAUCAUGCAUACUUUGUGAACUCAGGAAGUUACUACCAGUGAAAUCCUAAAACAAAGGCUGAACAUAACAACCACUCAAAGAAUAACAGAUAUUUUCAAAAGCCACUUCAUGCCUGAACAUGCCUUUAAGGGUGGUGGCAUGCUACUGUCUGUCCCUCUCAGACUCUGUGGUCACUGGGCACUGCCUUUGUUUUCUGUAUGCACACAUCUUUAAGACUUGGGUUGAUAGACCAAUAAGGGAUGCUUGAGGACUGGGAUGGCUACCUUCAAGUACCCAUUCCAACAAGAACAACUCUCCAUACUCUGAACAGCCUCUGCCUCUGUCUCCUCAGCCUGCCUCUUUCCCCAGGAUGUUCAUUGUGAUAAAGGGUAUUGAGGAGGUUCUUCUCCAGCACUUCAUUCAGAUGAAGCAGGACAUCGCAGAUGCCAUCAACAAGCCUUUCCCCUUCUUCGAAGCCUUCCAAGACCUCUACUUCAUCACUGAAGAAAUGUACAAGAAUUCUCUGGAUGCCUGUCAAGAUGUGGUCCCUGUAUCCAGAGUCAUGCUCAAUGUUCUCACCAGUCUGGAGCAGACUUUCCACCCAUCACUGCUACUAUUGUUCAGCCUAAGCGAACACCCCAGCCUGGGGGCAAUUUUCAGAAGCUUCAAAAAUGGAAGGGAAAAAGAGAAGUGUGCAGACCCUUCUCCUCCCCAACCAUCCCCACCAAGCCAUCUGUCCUCUGCACCAAGAGUCAGUGAACCCCGAGCAGCGUCACAGCAAAUCACUGAGAUUCUGGAUGAGCAUCCCAGUCCUUCUCACCCAGCUGUGCCUACCCCUGGCUUCAUUCAGGAAGGAAAGAUUACUCCAGGGGUGGCCUCACUUGGACAAGGAGUCCAGAAGAAGCUCAAAGUGGUGGACCAGAGGACUCAGAGGAAGAAUGACUCAACCAGGAACUUGAAGAUGGUGACCAGGACUCAGAAGCUUCCAGGAAUGUCCAAGGAUGACACUUUAGAUUUUCUCUCUCCAACACUUGCUGUGACCUGUGGGAAGGCCAAAGGAAUUUUGUGCAAGUAGAAAAUGAAGCAAGGCUCCUCAGGAAAAUGCAUUCAGAAUAAGGCAGGGGAUUGGCUCACUCCAAAGGAAUUUUUAAUGGAAGGGAAAAUGUCCAAGUCAAAAGACUGGAAGAGGGUUGUACAGUGCAAACAGAAGACACUGAGGUUCCUGGAGCAGGAACCUCAAGAAGAAGGUGACUAGCAGAUGAACUCCCGACACAUGCUCAGCUGCUGCGUCACAGACCGAAUUGUCUGACCUUUGCCUCCAAGCUCCCUAGUGUGCCUGCUCUGAAGUCCUUCCUGUCUGGGCAAGGCAACCCAUCACAGCUGGUCCAGCACUGGAGCGCUGACUCACAAUGCUCUUGUUCACUGUUGAUUUGCAAUAAAAAAAAAAAAGUACAUGUAUCUUGGAAAUUAUAGACAAAGUUGCUGGUGUCUGUGUGCCUGAGAAAAUGAUGUUGAUAUUA